AAUUAGACCAAUUCACUGAAUUAUCCCAUGAUGUGCUUGGUAUAUAAACAACGACACAAACCUCCAGUUCCACUACAAGUUGAUAGGUAUUGACUGUCAAUAAUGAAAGCCUUCAUAGCCUUAGCCCUAAUAGUGUCGGUGAGCGCCGUUCCCCUCCAGGAACUGGACAGCGAAUGGAUUGCAUUCAAGAAUGAAUUCCGUGGGAACUCCUACUUCGGUGGUGAGGGCGAAGAGUCGGUGCGCCGGCAGAUCUUUGAGACCAACUACGCGUACAUCACUGCCCAUAACGCCGAGGCCGACAGAGGUGUCCAUACUUUCCGAUUGGGUGUCAACCAGUUUGCAGACAUGACUAACGAGGAGUACCGACAGCUCCUGAACCUAAAGGUGAAUGCAAACCAACUGAACAAGACUUAUGCUGAAGAUGUGGACGACCUAACCCUUCCCAGACGUAUCGACUGGAGGACCAGGAAUGUGGUCUCAAACGUCAAGAAUCAGGGACAGUGCGGUUCGUGUUUCGCAUUCUCUGCCGUCGAUUCAAUUGAAAGUCAAUACGCUAUCAAUACGGGAAAACUGGUGACACUGUCGUCCCAACAGAUAGUGGACUGUAUUUAUCCCGGUCGUGAUGUCUGUCAAACAGGCGGCGAUCCCGUGGACGUCAUUGAACUGGUCAUCAAAGAGGGUGGUAUUGAAAAGGAGUCGGACUACCCAUACCACGCCCGUUCGGGCAUCUGUCAGUACACCAAGAGUAAGAAAGCCGUGUCCGUCACCGGUUUAAACACUUUACAGACCGGUCGGGAGUCAGCCCUCAAGGGGGUCGUGGGUCGCGUGGGACCGGUAGCCGUUGCCAUCGAUGCCGGCCACCAAAACUUCCAACUCUACACGAGCGGUGUCUAUGUCGACAGCGCCUGUCGUAGUGAUGUCCAGAGUCUUAAUCAUGGGGUUCUGGCUGUGGGUUAUGGCAGUGAGAAGGGACAGGACUACUGGCUUAUUAAGAACUCGUGGGGCGCUCAAUGGGGAGCUCAGGGCUAUAUUAAAAUGGCCAGGAACAAUAAUAACCAGUGCGGUGUGGCCACCUAUGGUGUCUACCCUACCACUGUUUACUAA